UUACACUUGGCCUGGAUUUUUAUUUGGAUCUUCAAAUUCAGUAGUUAUCUCCUUGUAAGUUGUAAUUUUCUCUCUUGCCAAACUGCAGGAAAAUCAAAGUUUUGAUCUUCAGUUUGGAAAUUAGCCCAGUUUUACUUUGUGAUAACUGAAAAAUAACAAUUAUUGGCGUGACAUGGUCUGAUGGCCAAUAAUAAUGACUUAAAGGAGUCCCUAAUAUCAAAACCCUCAAAUCGAAAGGAUGCAGUCAAGAAGAGAAGGUUUCGCCGGGUAAAGAGUGCACCUCUCGCUGAGCUUAUUCCUGGAGAAGUAGAUGGCAGCGCGACUUCUGCUAGAAUAUCUGAAUCCGUAUUUGGGAGUCUGCAUCCUAGUUUAAUAGGAGUUGCUGCAUAUUUGUUCAUUUACCUGGUUGUUGGCGUCAUUUGCUUUUACUUAGUCAGACAUCACAUCAGUGGUCAAAAAACAAAUGACGUAGUUGAUGCUCUUUAUCUCACCAUUGUCACCAUGACAACAGUCGGAUAUGGGGACCUGGUCCCACAGAGUGUCUCUGGAAAGCUCCUUGCUUGUGCCUUUGUCUUCAUAGGUAUGGCUUUGGUUGGAUUGGUUCUUAGUAGAGGAGCAGAUUAUCUAGUUGAGAAGCAGGAGGCAUUGAUGGUGAAAGCUUUGCAUAUGAGACAAAAACUCGGUCCAAGCGAUAUUAUGAAGGAAAUUGAAACAAACAAAUCUAGAUACAAAUUCAUCUUGUCAUUAAUAUUUCUCUUGAUACUCAUCAUGAUUGGAACACUCUUCUUGACAUUUGUUGAGAAGUUGGAUAUUGUAGACGCGUUUUAUUGUGUUUGCUGUACCAUCACUACCCUGGGUUAUGGUGAUCGCAGUUUCUCUACUAAGGGAGGUCGUUUAUUUGCAGUUGUGUGGAUUUUGACAAGCACAAUAUGCUUAGCUCAGUUUUUCCUCUAUCUUACUGAGAUAAACACUGAAAAGAGACAAAAGUACCUUGUGCACUGUGUUCUUACUCGACAUAUGACCAAUGUGGAUCUUGAGGCUGCUGAUAUCGAUGAUGAUGGAGUUGUUAAUGCUGCUGAAUUUGUUCUAUAUAAGCUCAAAGAGUUGGGAAAAAUCACUCAGGACGAUAUAUCUCUUAUGAUGGAAGAAUUUGAAGAAUUGGAUGUUGAUCAGUCAGGAACUUUAUCCGUGUCUGAUUUAGCACUAGCUCAAUCAUCUCCACAAGCAAAAGGAUCGACUUCUGAUCAGGGGAGACCUUGUUGAUAAGGCAUUUUUGAAAAUAUUUGGGACUUUGAUUUGUCUAUAUAUAAUAUAUACCGGGUAUAUGAAUAUUCAAGAUCACAUCAACUGUGUUGUAAGUGGCUCGAUCUCUGAGUUCUCUGGUUUCACUUAUUCCUCAAUCUCCUGGCCAUGCUUUAACCACGGUUCUGAAUCUCAUUUUAAUCCAACUCUCUUCAGUUCAUAUACUAAAAUUAUGAUAAACUUUUCUUAGCUUUUGCUCAGCUGCUAUGUAUCUGUACACUACUAGGAGUUUAGCUCCAAACUAGGACGUGAUAUAUCUUUAUUAUAACCUAUGAUGCUGUUAUACAGAGAACUUGCAUACAAUAAAAAUGCCGGUUAAUUCUUCACAGCUUGUCUCAUGUAAUUUCCUGAGUUUUAAGUCUGACAUGUGCUGUGGCAUCUUUGCAUACUAUCUUCAUCAUUUUGGAAGGCUUUUUGCCUAUAUGCCUAGUACAUCGUUUUUUGUU